AGUCUGCAGGGUGGGAGUGCCAGGAACUCCCUUGCGGAGCUGUGGGGUGGUUUGUUUUUUGUGUGUAGCAUUCGCUAUACGAGCCGCAUUUUGCCAAUGAUAAGAGUGGCUACAGCUGACAGUACGAGAGCGAUCACUUGUUCCACAGAGCACAUCUGGGAAAGUUGGAAUCCACUCUCCCCACCAAGUCCUGUUCAAAAUGCGUGAAAUUGUGCAUGUUCAGAUUGGCCAGUGUGGAAACCAAAUUGGAUCGAAGUUCUGGGAAGUCAUAAGUGAUGAGCAUGGAAUCGAUACCACGGGAAACUACCAUGGAGACUCACCACUGCAGCAGGAAAGAAUAAAUGUCUAUUUCAAUGAAGCGUAUUCCCAAAAGUAUGUUCCUCGUGCUAUCUUGGUGGACUUGGAGCCUGGAACGAUGGACAGCGUGAGGUCCAGCAAAAUAGGCCCCCUCUUUCGACCUGAUAACUUUAUUCAUGGAAAUUCUGGCGCCGGCAACAACUGGGCAAAAGGCCAUUACACGGAAGGUGCCGAACUGAUUGAAAGUGUGAUUGAUGCCGUGAGGAACGAGUGUGAGGGCUGCGACUGUCUGCAGGGCUUUCAGCUGACCCAUUCCCUAGGUGGCGGGACCGGGUCUGGAAUGGGAACCCUUCUGCUCAACAAGAUCAAGGAAGAAUACCCCGACAGGAUCAUGAACACCUUCAGCGUAGUGCCAUCCCCGAAAGUUUCGGACACCGUCGUUGAGCCAUACAACGCCAUAUUAUCCAUCCACCAGCUGAUAGAGAACACGGACGAAACCUUCUGCAUCGAUAACGAAGCCCUCUAUGACAUAUGCUUUAGGACACUGAAGCUUCCCUCACCAUCCUAUGGGGACCUCAACCACCUGGUGUCCCUCACCAUGAGUGGCGUCACCACCUCGCUCCGCUUCCCUGGCCAGCUCAAUGCAGACUUGAGGAAGUUGGCGGUCAACAUGGUGCCUUUCCCUCGACUGCAUUUCUUCAUGCCAGGCUUUGCGCCACUUACGGCUCGGGGCAGCCAGCAGUACAGAGCCCUCUCCGUUCCAGAGCUCACCCAACAGAUGUUUGAUGCAAGGAACAUGAUGGUAGCCUGUGACCCGCGUCAUGGCCGUUACUUGACGGUGGCAUGCAUCUUCCGAGGCCAGAUGUCUACAAGGGAGGUGGAUGAGCAGCUGCUGUCCGUGCAGACAAAGCACAGCAGCCAGUUUGUGGAGUGGAUCCCCAACAAUGUCAAGGUGGCCGUGUGCGACAUUCCGCCCCGUGGCCUCAAGAUGGCGGCCACCUUCAUAGGGAACAACACAGCAAUACAAGAGAUCUUCAAGAGGCUCUCUGAGCAGUUCUCAGCCAUGUUCAGGAGGAAAGCAUUUCUGCACUGGUAUACCGGGGAAGGGAUGGAUGAGAUGGAAUUUUCUGAAGCUGAAAGCAACACUAAUGACUUGGUGUCUGAGUAUCAGCAGUAUCAAGAUGCCACAGCUGAUGUAGAAGAAUAUGUGGAGGCAGAGGCAGAGGCAAGCCAGGAAGAAGAAGAAGAAGAAGAAAAGGAAGCUUCUUAAAAAUAAGAGUGAUGAUCGAAAGCAAUGCUGAUUAUUACUGUCAGUGAGGUGGCUGGACUUAAAUAUGUUUCUAAAAUAACUUUUUAGUCUACUGAAAGCAGGAGCAGCCAUUUUUGUGCAUUGAACCAAAGCAUGCACAGCCACAUUGUUGGCUGCAAUAUCUAUCUAUCUGAGAAAAUCCCCCUACUGAAAGCCAG